AUGGCCAACUCCGUGGAGGAAGAGGGCGGAGGGGAGGGAGUCAUCCAACAUCCGGUCGAGCGUGAGGUCGCUCCGUUCUUGGCCGUCAACGCCAACGAUUCCGUCGUCCUACAUACCUCCGCCGCCACCGCCGCCGCCGCCGCCGCCACCGCCGCUGCUCCCGAGUUCGCCUGUAAUGCUAGUUCCAGACGAACGACAAUGGGCUUCGUCAUGGACACAAAUCAUGCCCCACGAUCCAGCCCUGUUGGCCUACCAUUCUCGACGCAGUGCCGCGCAAGGCAACUAGUACUUUCCAGUGACGGCGCUGCGCAGCCAAGGCAGCAACUCAGUCGACAAUGCAAUCCGGAUCCGAGAAAUCAGCGAGAACAGUACCAUGGGUGA